GAAAAGUAGGUAAUGAAUUAAAUAAUGAAAACAACAAGAUACAGCUACAGUAAGAGUACAAUCAAUUUUAUGCAACGCCAAUGAAUUUUCGAAGUGGUUUCCUAAAAAGUAGUAGUGUUGUGGUAGGAGCACAAAGAUUUUACAAUAAUAAUUUGAUUAACUUACUGAAAAGUAUGCCACGAGACGUCUCAAAUAUUGCCAAGUUGCAAAAGCAGCGCAACAAAAUAAAGGAAAAGGCAACGAAAUAUCCCCCUGGUACUGUCGAUUUGCAAUUUCUGUGUCCUUCCUCCAGUGGUCCUGCUUCAGUAUAUGUCUUUACUGAUCAAAGUCGUUAUUUGUUCAAUUGUGGCGAGGGAACACAACGACUUGCUCAUGAGCACCGCACUAAGCUUGCCCGUUUAGACCAUGUUUUUAUGACACGUACGUCUUGGAGUACAAUUGGUGGACUUCCGGGCUUAUGUCUCACCUUACAAGAUACCGGAGUUCCUGAACUGGUGCUUCAUGGUCCUCCAGGUUUAGACGAAGUAUUCAGAGCUACCAAGAGAUUUGUCGUUCUACGAGACCUGAAAGUAAAUACGAUAGAAGCCGCUACAAAUAUUGUAGAAGAUUAUGAGGAUAUUGUUAUGACGGUGAAACAUGUACCACUUCAAAAGAAAGCUUCACAAGACGAAGGCCAAGUAGAGAGCGCAGAAGAAGAAAUAGUCGCCGAAGACCAAGUGGAUUAUUAUGGAUAUGAAAAUAAGACCAAACUCAAACCGAAGUUAGAUGUGUCGAAUGCUGUGCAACGACUUGUGCAGCGAACUGAAUAUUGUGUAACUGCUUACGUCUGUAAACUGAAGCCAAAACCGGGAACAUUAGAUUUAGAGAAAUGCGUAGAAAAACGUGUACCACCGGGACCUUUACUUGGACAAUUAAAAAAUGGUUUCGAUGUAAAAUUAGAAGAUGGAACGAUCGUCAUGUCUAAAGAUGUACGAGGUCCGGACGAUCCUGGACCUAAAUUCAUAUUUCUCGAUAUUCCUAGUGAAGAUUAUAUGGAGUCAUUAAUUGAAAAUCAGUCCCGACUCCUUGACGAUUCUGAUGCAAUACCCUCUGUUGUUGUUCAUUUUGGACCAAAUGAAAUAAUUACUAGUCCUGCCUACGUGGAAUUUAUUUCGAAAUUCCCCGACAGUACCGUGCAUCUCGUUGCCAACGGAUCAAAAUCCUUUAAUGGAUACGUCGCUGCACACAGAAUCCAAUUUCAACUUAAUCAACUAGACCCGAAUAUUUUCCCCGUGUUGCACGAAGCUGUUAAGUUUGAAAAUACGCAAGAGUUGGAUGAAAGUGAGACAUUAAAAAAGAAAAUGCGGCUCGACUCUCCAAUUCAAAAGUCUGUAGAUAGUGUCUCCAUGGAUAAAUUCUUUAAUGUUUCAACGUUGACCUCAUUUCACUUGAGACCUUUGAGAGGUCUCGACACGGAAUGUGAAGCAACAAUUUCCUCAAAGGAUUAUAUCAAGGAACUAGAAGUAACCCCAGGAUGCCUAGAUACAAUAGCAAAUGUGAAAUCGGAAAUACACACAAAAGUCGACCAAAGUCGUGAAACGAAAUAUCCCAAAUUAGUUUUCCUAGGUACCGGUUCAUGUAUUCCCAACAAAACGCGGAACGUGAGCAGCAUUUUAGUUCAUAUCAACUCAGAAACGUGCAUUUUAUUGGAUUGUGGUGAAGGCACUGCGGCACAAAUUUAUAGAUUUUACGGUUUAACAGAAGGGCGCGAGAUGCUGAAACGUUUAAAGGCAAUUUAUGUUUCACAUCUACAUGCGGACCAUCAUUUAGGAUUAAUUGGAUUGCUUCAUGAAAGACAAGCAGUUAUGAAGGAAGACUUGAAUCCUCUAUUUUUAUUUGCUCCUCAACAAAUUUCGUUUUGGUUGGCAUUUUACGACAAAAGAAUUGAAAGAAUCAGAAAAACUUAUACUUUAGUGCCGAACAGUAGUAUGUUAAAGAGUCCUUUUGUGGAUCUUGAAUCUAGUGGAAUAAGCGGAAUACAAACUUGCUUUGUGAAACAUUGUCCACACUCUUUUGGUGUUGCUAUCGAAACUUGUUCAUCGGAUGCCCCAACAAAAAUCACAUACAGUGGUGACACCAUGCCAUGCAACAAUCUUGUCACGUUGGGCAAGGACUCGACAAUUCUCAUACACGAAGCCACGAUGGAAGAUGACCUAGAAGAAGAAGCCAAAUACAAAAUGCAUUCUACAGUUUCACAAGCGAUAAACCAAGGAUCAUUUAUGAAUGCGAAAUACACCAUUCUGACGCAUUUUAGUCAACGUUAUGCAAAGUUGCCGAGACUCGAGUUUGAUACUUUGAAGGAAAACGUAGGGUUGGCAUUCGACAACAUGGAAGUAACUUUGGACGAUCUACCAAAAUUACACAAAUUGUAUCCGGCUUUGAAAGCAAUGUUUAUGGAACAUUGUGAAGACAUGGAGAACAAAGCCAUGAAACGAUCACUCAAAAAACAAAGACAAGCAAGUAGGCAAGCAAGUCCAGAGAAACUAUAAAAUGAUAUAGAAUAAGACGAAAUAUUGUUAAAUAAAAUACGUUAUUUAGAUUUUUUAA